CUGCCCCAUUUCACAGACUCCUGGACUUCCUCAGGACUCACAAGGGCCCAGCAACCUGCAGAGUCCGGUGAGCUUUUCCCUAACAGUGUCAACAUGGCUGCUGCUCCAUAAUGGCUGCCUAUGACCAUUCGCUGUCCAUGCAGCAGCAGCUGCUCCAAGCCAUGAACGCCACGUCGCCUCCGGCCCUGGACGUCCCCUACUUGCUGAGUGAGAGCCUGAUCGCGCUGUUCUCCAUCGUGGGCAACGUCUUCAUCUGCGCCGUCGUCCUACAGAGCCGGAAGCUGCGGGCCAUCGUCACAAACUACUUCCUCGUCUCUCUGGCCGUGGCAGACGUCUUGGUUGGGGCAGUGGUCAUCCCUUUUGCCCAAUUUACCGACCUGGGUUUGCCACGCUACCGGUCGCAGCUCUGCCUCCUGAUGUUGUGCAUGCUGCUGGUGUUGACGCAAGCCUCCGUCUUCGGGCUGCUGGCCAUCGCCGUCGAGAGGUAUAUCUCCAUCCUGAAGCCUUUCCAGUACAAAUCCUGGAUGAGCCCCCUCAACGCCCUCCUGGUGAUCUUGGCGUCCUGGGUGCUGGCUCUUCUGAUCGGCCUACUGCCCAUGAUGGGCUGGCACAAGCCCUUGCCAGCCAGCGGGGAGUGUCUCUUCAACGACAUCAUCACCAACACCUACAUGGUCUACUUCAACUUCAUGGCCUGCAUGCUGGCUCCUCUGCUGGUCAUGAUGGUCCUGUACGGGCGCAUCUUCCUGGAGGUCAAACAGCAAAUCCGCAAGGUGGCCGAGGGAGAGGUGGACGUCAGCGCCCAGGAGAGGCGGCGGAUGAUUGUCCGCAAAGAGCUGCAGACGGCCACGUCGCUGUUCAUCAUCCUCUUUUUCUUCACUGUCUGCUGGCUCCCGGUCCACAUUCUCAACACGGUCAUGCUGCUCUGCCCCGCCUGCCCCAUCCCGAACCAGCUCAUCCUGGCCUCCAUCAUCCUUUCCCAUGCCAACUCCGCCAUCAACCCAGUCAUCUACGUCUUCCGCAUGAGAUCCUUCCGGAAAGCCUUCGAGAGCGCCUUUUCGGGCAUCUGCUCCUCCCCCGCCACAGAUGCCUUCUCCACCUCCAGGAUAACGCCUUCCAACGUCUCGGAGGUGCCUCUUCGGAAUCUGUCUUUGCCGGGGAAGUGAAUGCAGAUUCUCAGCUUGAGGAUGGUGGGGGUGCAAGGCAGGAGGCCAACAGCAGGUGGCGCU